AUGUCCAGCGAGCUCGCGGCCUCGCCCAAUCUUGCGCCGUCUCCUCUCAUGUUGAAGUCUACGCGUUCUGCAUCAGUGGCACACGGCAAUGGCCGUCGAUCUGACGCGGGACUUGACCACGCCGGCGCCUCUGGCGAUCAAGCCCCUAUCGCUGAUAUAUUUCUCAACAUCGCCAAGCGUCUGGAGCGCGUAGGCGACUCCUUCGGCAAUCACUCUGCGCUAUACAAGUCCACCCAUGGGGCAUUGGAGGCUCAGGCUGCCGCCGACAAUGCGCAGCUCCAACAGCUCGAAGGUCUGGACAUGCACGUCCUGAACGUUCGCUCGACAUUCAAAUCCGAGAGUGCGGAGCUUCGUCGUGCUUUCGAUAAAGGAUUCGAGACUCUUUGUGCCGCGCUGGACGAGAACAUCGUCGUCACGAAGGAGGUUAAUCAGGACCUUGUUCGUGAUAUCGAACGGUGCUUUGAGUCUCCGACGACGGCGGCGAAGGCCGUGAAACAGGCGAAGCCGGUGAAGCCGGCGGCGACGCUGAAGUGA